AUGGGUUCAAAGGACCACCGGAAGGGCGACAAAGCACCCGAUACGCCAAAUCAUGAUGCCCAAGCAAGAGAAGAGGCCGAUGUUCAGAGCACGAAUGCGCCGUCAGUCCAGCACGUCAGCGAAAAGGAGCAAGAGCAACCCGCGGCUCAAAAAAAGAGGCAGAAGGCGUGGCUUCACUGUAGACGCUUCUACUUGUGGUACCUGCUUGGGGUGAUUGUCUUUUUAGUCAUUUUCCUACCUUUGCUCUUCAAAGUCAUCAUACCCGCCAUCAUUCAGGCCAUCAUUGCCAAACAGGGGAUUCCCCUUGUAACCGGCGAGGCCAACACCACCUCUGCAGAGCACGUCGUGUUAUCGGUAGGGACGACACUCAACACUCCCCUGGGGGCGACAUUAGAUCCGUUUACUCUCCUGCUGUACGACGAGAAAACAAAGCCCUUUACGCCCUUUUUCAACCUCUCCAUCCCCAAGAUACACGCCAACAAGGAGACGGAUAUCCAAAUCAACGCCGAGACCAUGACGGUGCUCAACGAGACGGAGCUGGUCUCAUGGGCCGACGGCCUCGUCGACCAAGACGAGAGGCUGAUCUGGAUCCGCGGCGACCCCAAGGUGCACUUCGGCUCGCUGAGCGCCACGCCCCGGGUCGACAGGAGCGUCGCGGUCCCCGGGCUCAAGGGCCUGCAGGGCUUCGGCCUCAAGGACGUCGCGCUGAUGCUGCCGCCGGACAAGGACGGCCGAAACGUGGUGGGCUCGGCCACGGUGCCCAACUGGGGAUCCCUCCACAUCAACGUCGGCAACGUCUCCCUCAACGUGUAUACGGGCGACGUGCGCAUCGGGCUCGUGACCCUGUACGACGUGUUUCUGGCCCCGGGCAAUAACACCGUGUAUCUCAACGGCACGGUCGACAUCGACCACAUCAUUCAGAACCUGGGGCCCGUCCUCAAUAGCCAGGCCGCCUCUUUGAGCAGGGGGCUGAUCGAGGUCAAUGUCACAGGCAAUGCCACCUUUAUGAACGGCCAGCGCGUCACGUACGUCGAGGAUAUUCUCAAGGGCCGCAAAUUCAAGGCUUCGUUGUCGAUUACCAAGCUCUUGAGCGUGCUGGUCGGCGGGCUCGUGGGCAACGGCAGCGACGGCGACUUGGUUCGUGUGGUGGGCGAUUUGUUUGGCAACGAGUCGUUUGUCGAUCACGUCGCGGGGCACUGGAACAUUACCAAGAAUGCGUCUACAAAGGACACGGGUUCAAGGGCAUUCUCCCCUUGGUGA